AUGGCCGCCUCCACCCUGUCCGUCUGCUCCAGCGACCUGAGCUACAGCAGCCGCGUCUGCCUGCCCGGUUCCAGUGACUCUUGCACUGACUCCUCCUGGCAGGUGGACGACUGUCCAGAGAGCUGCUGCCAGCCCUCCUGCUGCGUCCCCAGCUGCUGCCAGCCCUCCUGCUGCGUCCCCAGCUGCUGCCAGCCCACCUGCUACGUCCCCAGCUGCUGUCAGUCCACCUGCUGCGUCCCCAGCUGCUGUCAGUCCACCUGCUGCGUCCCCACCUGCUGCCAGUCCACCUGCUGCGUCCCCAGCUGCUGCCAACCCUCCUGCUGUGUCCCCAGCUGCUGUCAAUCCACCUGCUGCACCCCCAGCUGCUGUGCCCCAGCCACCUGCACAACUCUCGUCUGUGCCCCAGUGAGCUGUGGGCCCAGCCCCUGCCAAUCAGCCUGCACCAGCUCCUGCAUACCCUCAUGCUGCCAGCAGUCUAGCUGCCAGUCCUCCUGCUGUACCUCCUCCCCCUGCCAGGCCUCCUGCUGUGUACCUGUCUGCUGCACACCUGUCUGCUGCACACCCGUCUGCUGCAAGCCCGUGUGCUCUGUGCCUGUCUGCUCUGGGGCUGCCCCCUGUCCAGCCCCCUCCUGCUGCCAGCCCACCCCCUGCCCCUCAUCCUGCUGCAGACCCUCCUCCUGCAUGUCUGUCAUCUGCCGCCCUGUGUGCAGACCCGCCUGCUGUGCCCCCUCUUCCUCCUGCUGCCAGCCCAGCUGCUGCCGCCCAGCCUCCUGCGUGUCCCUCAUCUGCCGCCCUGUGUGCUCCCGCCCGGCCUGCUGCGUCCGUGCCUCAGCCCAGAAGUCCCCCUGCUAA